ACAAAUUCAAGUGGCAGACAGGAGCAAACAGCAGACAGAACGAAUCCACGAGAGUCAUGUUUCGACUUCUGCUGCUUUUGGGGUUUGUCAGCCUUGGUGUCUGUCUUCCUCGUCAGUAUCACUUCAUUAAUGAGAAUAAGACCUGGUCUGAAGCACAGAGAUACUGCAGAGAGAAUUAUGUUGAUUUAGCCUCUAUUAAUAACACUGAAGAGGACUUGGCCCUUACAAACAUAAUAGAUAUUAGGAACAGCAGGCAAACCUGGAUUGGACUGUAUGAUGAUCUGAACAGCUGGAAAUGGUCUCUGGAUAAUGAUUCUUUCUACAAGGAGGGAGAGAGAAGUUUUAGAAACUGGUUUAUACAGAAGCCAAGAGACUGGUAUGGAAUUAGUUUGUGUGUGUAUGUAUCUACUUAUGAUGGAGUUUGGUGGGAGACAUCUUGUUCCUCAAUGCUUCGUUUCAUGUGCUUUGAUGGCAGAGUGAAUGCCAGUGAGAGAUAUGUCCUGGUUAAUCAGUUCAUGAACUGGACUGAAGCUCAGAGAUACUGCAGAAAGAAUCACACAGACCUGGCCAGCGUGAGGAACGAGACUGAGAACCAGGAGAUUAGAUCAAAGUUUAAUAAUACGUAUUAUUCAGGUUUUUGGAUCGGCCUGUACAGAACCAGAUCUUGGUCAGAUAAAAGCAACUCUUCAUUCAGCAACUGGAAACCUGGACAACCAGAUAAUUACAGACAGACUGAAUCCUGCACUGCUGUGUCAUUUAAUGAUUCUGGGAAAUGGACAGAUGAAAAUUGUAGCCAAGCUUUUCCAUUCUUCUGUUACAGCACAAUGCUACCAUUACCCUCUCAUCAGUAUCACUUUGUUAAUGAGAAUAAGACCUGGACUGAAGCACAGAGAUACUGCAGAGAGAAUUACACUGACCUGGCUACUAUUGAUAACAUGGAGGAAAUGAACACACUCCUUAACACAGUAAAUGGCAGCUACUCAGGUUUAGCCUGGAUUGGACUGUAUGGUGAUGAGGACAGCUGGAGAUGGUCUCUGGAUGAUGAUGCUUUCUACCAGGAGGGAGAGAGAGACUUCAGAGGAUGGCCCCAUCAACCCGAUAACUAUUUUGGAAACGAGAUGUGUGUUUAUAUUAGAUCUGAUGGAACCUGGUUUGAUGGAGACUGUAGAUCAUAUUUAACUUUUAUUUGUUAUGAUGGAAAUAAUGGAACAGAAAAUUACACAUGGAUAAACCAGCCAAUGCCUUGGACAAAAGCUCAGCAUUACUGCAGAGCGCAUUAUACUGACUUGGCCAGUGUGAGAAAUCCAACAGAUAAUCAAAGAAUCUUAAACCUUACAGUUGGCACUGUGGCUUGGAUUGGUUUAUACAGGACCAGACUCUGGUCAGACAAACAGGUAUCCACAUAUGAAAAUUGGAGACCAGCCACCUAUCAACAACCAGACAAUGGUAUUUAUAUUCCCUGGGAAUACGGAAAUCAGCACUGCACUGCUGUCUCAUUCAGAGACUCAGGUCAUUGGACAGAUGAGGACUGCUUAUCCACCUUCCCUUUUAUCUGCUACAACAAAUUCUGCACAGGAUCAUCAUGCACCUUCCAUCAGUAUCACUUUGUUAAUGAGAAAAAGACCUGGACUGAAGCACAGAGAUACUGCAGAGAGAAAUACACUGACUUGGCAACCAUUACUAACAUGGAGGAAAUGAACACACUCCUUAACACAGUAAAUGGAAUCUACUCAGGUUUAGCCUGGAUUGGACUGUAUGAUGAUCUGAACAGCUGGAAAUGGUCUCUGGAUGAUGAUGCUUUCUACAAUAACAGAAAAAUAAACUUUAGUAAUUGGUAUAUAAACAAACCAAGAUACUGGAAUGGAAACAAUUUAUGUGUAUAUUAUGGUUAUCUUGCUGUUUGGUGGGUGUAUUCAUGUUCUACAACACUUCCAUUCAUUUGUUUUGAUGGCAGAGUGAAUGCCAGUGAGAGAUAUGUCCUGGUUUAUCAGAACAUGAACUGGACUGAAGCUCAGAGAUACUGCAGAGAACAUUACACAGACCUGGCCAUUGUGAGGAACGAGACUGAGAACCAGAAGAUCAGAUCAUUAUUAGCUAAUAACAAGGAUGAUAAUCAUUAUACCUACAGUUAUUACUAUUACUAUAACAGUUAUUAUUAUUAUUAUAAUUAUUACGCUUUUUGGAUCGGCCUGUACAGAACCAGUUUAUGGUCAGAUCAAAGCAACUCUUCUUUUAGCAACUGGAAACCUGGACAACCAGAUAAUUAUGGACAAACUGUAUCCUGUACUGCUGUGUCAUUUAAUGAUGAUUAUUAUUAUGGGAAAUGGUCAGAUGAAAACUGUGGUCAAGCUUUUCCAUUCCUCUGUUACAGCACAAUGCCCUCAAACUCCACUCAUCAGUAUCACUUUGUUAGUGAGAAUAAGACCUGGACUGAAGCACAGAGAUACUGCAGAGAGAAUUACACUGACCUGGCUACUAUUGAUAACAUGGAGGAAAUGAACACACUCCUUAACACAGUAAAUGGCAGCUACUCAGGUUUAGCCUGGAUUGGACUGUAUGAUGAUGAGGACAGCUGGAAAUGGUCUCUGGAUGAUGAUGCUUUCUACCAGGAGGGAGAGAGAGACUUCAGAGGAUGGCCCCAUCAACCUGAUAACUAUAAUGGAAAUGAGAUGUGUGUUACCAUGGGUUAUGGAGGGCGGUGGUUUGACAGGCCUUGUACUGACAGACAUUCAUUUGUUUGCUAUAAUGGUAUGAACAACACAUAUGUAAUGAUUUAUGAACAGAAGACUUGGGAAGAAGCUCAGAGCUUUUGCAGAGUGAGAUACACAGACCUGGCCAGUGUAAGAAAUCAGACCGAACUUCAGCAAAUAAUGAGCAUCAUAAACAGUUAUGAGGUAUGGAUAGGUUUGUAUAGAAACCGAUUAUGGUCAGAUCAGAGCAACUCAACCUUUACAUAUUGGAGACCAGAGAGUCCAGAACCAUCACCAGAACCUGACAAUGGUUUGUAUUCACGUGGACAAAGUAGAAAUCAACACUGUACAGCUGUGGAUCAUCUUGGCCGAUGGACAGAUGAAAACUGUUUCGCCAGAUUCCCUUUUAUCUGCUACAAUGCAUUCAUUCCAGGUGCUGUGAUGGGAUUGCGAAUGAAAGUCACUGCAGAUGAAAAUCUGUUAAACUCUCAGAUUAAAAGGCUGGUGUUUAUGGAACUUCAGCAAGAAUUGAGCAAACUGGGACUUUCAAGCAACUACACUGUGAAUGUGAGAAACAUCCGUAAGCUCGAUCCAUGAAGGAAAAAGUCUGCAUUCAGGUUCAAAAUAUAAUUGAGGGAAAUUCCAGGUUUUGUGGUGAUUUAUCUUUUAUUUACUCAUUUACUCAGCAAUCUUUCUUUUUCAGAGCAUUUGGGAAUUCUGUAGAGCUUUAUUAAAAAGAGAAUAUAGUUAUUAAAAUGUUUAACCAGAUUUACACAUAUUUACAAACCUUGAAAUGCCUUCUGUAAUGUCUCAUAAUAACAAUGACUGUACUUACACUGAACUGUGAUAUAGAUAAUAACAUUAUAAAAUAUAAAAGUGUAAUAUUUUAUGGGGUUUAGUGCUUAUUAAUGGUAUUCUUGAAAUGAAAUUCAAAUGAAUAAAAGAAACACAGAACUUGAUUAUGAAAAAUAUUGUUAUGAGCGUUAAGGGGUACUAUGUGAUUUUCAUUUAUUAAUUGUUUUCAAAUAAAUGUGUGAAAUCUUUUGUA